CGGCCGCCGCGCGCUGGUGGGGCGGCGGGCGCGUGCGGGGUGCGGGCGCGUGCGAGUGCUGGCCGGGAGGCGGCAGCGGCGGCGGCAUGGCGGAGAGCGAGGCCGAGACCCCCAGCACCCCAGGGGAGUUCGAGAGCAAGUACUUCGAGUUCCACGGCGUGCGGCUGCCGCCCUUCUGCCGCGGGAAGAUGGAGGAGAUCGCCAACUUCCCGGUGCGGCCCAGCGACGUGUGGAUCGUCACCUACCCCAAGUCCGGCACGAGCCUGCUGCAGGAGGUGGUCUACUUGGUGAGCCAGGGUGUCGACCCUGAUGAGAUCGGCCUGAUGAACAUUGACGAGCAGCUCCCAGUUUUGGAGUACCCACAGCCAGGCCUGGACAUCAUCAAGGAACUGACCUCUCCCCGCCUCAUCAAGAGCCACCUGCCCUACCGAUUCCUGCCUUCUGACCUCCACAAUGGAGACUCCAAGGUCAUCUACAUGGCUCGAAACCCCAAGGAUCUGGUGGUAUCCUAUUACCAGUUCCACCGCUCCCUGCGGACCAUGAGCUACCGAGGCACCUUCCAGGAAUUCUGCCGGAGGUUUAUGAAUGAUAAGUUGGGCUACGGCUCUUGGUUCGAGCAUGUGCAGGAGUUCUGGGAGCAUCGCAUGGACUCGAAUGUGCUUUUCCUCAAGUAUGAAGACAUGCACCGGGAUCUGGUGACAAUGGUGGAGCAGCUGGCCCGAUUCCUGGGGGUGUCCUGUGACAAGGCCCAGCUGGAGUCCCUGAUUGAACACUGCCACCAGCUGGUAGACCAGUGCUGCAACGCCGAGGCCCUGCCUGUGGGCCGAGGAAGAGUCGGGCUGUGGAAGGACAUCUUCACCGUCUCUAUGAACGAGAAGUUUGACUUAGUGUAUAAACAGAAGAUGGGAAAGUGUGACCUCACGUUUGACUUUUAUUUGUAAUAACAGAAACAGCAAACCUGCAUGCUCAAUACCCAGGCGUUCUACUAGCCCGAGUCCCGUAUGCAUUCCUUUAGUAAUUGCCGGACGGACGGACGAGCUCUGGAAGCAACAUGCGAAACAAGGGGGGAAGGACACGCGGGGAAACUGGAGAAAGUGUGAUUGUUUCCGAUCCAAAGCAGCUGUCUCGCCUUUAGAAUUCAGAGUCUCUACAUGUCUGAUUACAAACAUACAAAUCGCAGUUCUGAUGGCCUGUAUCAUAAGUAUAAAGUCUGUAACAUAUGCAAUUAGAAUGUCUACCUUUUUCAACCCCAAUAUUAUUUAUUGUAUUUUAUAGAGCUUUUAACUGGAAUCUAAAUAAAUGUCAGUAAACCAAAUAAAAGUUCAUUUCCGAGGGGAAUUAAGAGUGAGCCACACCCAUAUGAUAGAAAGAUCUCAGGGUUACCUCUUUAUUUUUGUAGUUUAUUACCUAAGGCGCAGCCAUUCCAUUCUUACUUGGUUCUGAGGUAAUGGUGGGAACAGAGCGUGA